GAAUCGGAAUUCUAAAAAUAUAUAGAUGGAAUUUAUUCGCAUAUAUUGUAAACAUAGCUGUUGCUCACGAAGAACGAGUCAGAAUAAUUUAGUUAAAUAAAUUCAAGCCACACAAGGUCACGAUAUCACUUUGUAAUUUAAUCAGUCGGCCAGGCCCCCCUAGUCACAUAACCACCGGCGCAAGAUUACUCUUCUUCGGCGAAAUAUUUCAUAGCCAUGGCUUCCACAAUGCUAAAAUUACUCAAAUCAGAGUCUCAAAUAUUUCUACGUAAAAAUUACAGCAGUGCUGCGCCAACCACAAAAUUGUACAUUGACGGACAAUUUGUAGACUCGAAAACUAGCCAAUGGAUAGAACUAACAAACCCUGCGACUAAUGAAGUAAUUGGAAGAGUUCCAGAGACCACACAAGAUGAAUUGAACACAGCUCUCAACGCAGCUAAAAGGGCAUACAAGUCAUGGAGCCAAAGUACUAUUAUGACACGUCAGCAACUUAUGUUCAAGUUUGCACGUUUACUUCGAGAGAACCAAGCUAAACUGGCUGCCAAAAUCACAGAAGAACAAGGCAAGACCAUUGCUGAUGCCGAAGGUGACGUCCUUCGCGGAAUACAAUCGGUUGAACAUUGCUGCAGUAUAACAUCUCUACAACUUGGUGACUGCAUACAGAACAUUUCUAAGGACAUGGACACACACAGCUAUAAAGUGCCUCUCGGUGUAGUUGGUGGUGUUGCCGCAUUCAACUUCCCCGUAAUGAUCCCACUAUGGAUGUUCCCGCCUGCGAUCGUGACUGGCAACACUUGCCUGAUCAAACCUUCGGAACAAGACCCUGGAGCAACUGUCAUGAUGAUGGAACUGCUGCAGGAAGCUGGAGCGCCACCUGGUAUUGUUAAUGUUGUCCACGGUACACACGACACAGUGAACUUCUUCUGCGAUAAUCCCGAUAUCAAAGCAGUAUCGUUUGUGGGUGGAGAUGCUGCUGGCAAACAUAUUUAUUCAAGAGCUUCUGCUGCAGGCAAGCGCGUGCAAAGCAACAUGGGCGCGAAGAACCACGGCGUGGUGAUGCCGGACGCGAACAAGGAGCACACGCUGAACCAGCUCGCCGGCGCCGCGUUCGGUGCGGCCGGACAGCGCUGUAUGGCGCUCAGUACUGCUGUGUUUGUGGGUGAAGCGAAAGAAUGGAUUCCCGACUUAGUCGAACGUGCAAAGGCAUUGAAAGUAAACGCAGGUCAUGUUCCCGGCACUGACGUUGGACCCGUCAUAUCCGUGAAGGCCAAGGAAAGAAUUCUGAAACUUAUUGAAUCAGGAGUGAAAGACGGCGCUCAAUUAGUUCUCGAUGGCCGCAACGUUAAGGUGCCCGGUUUCGAAAAAGGCAACUUCGUCGGUCCGACAAUUCUGACACAUGUCAAACCUAACAUGGAAUGUUACAAGGAGGAAAUAUUCGGCCCAGUUCUAGUGUGCCUCUUUGUUGAUACUCUGGAUGAAGCUAUUCAAUUGGUUAACGCGAAUCCCUACGGAAAUGGAACAGCUGUGUUCACCACAAAUGGAGCAACAGCCAGAAAGUUUGCCUCAGAAAUCGAUGUUGGACAAGUUGGUGUGAAUGUGCCCAUUCCUGUCCCGUUGUCUAUGUUCUCUUUCACGGGAACUCGGGGAAGUUUCUUGGGUACCAACCACUUCUGCGGCAAGCAAGGACUCGAUUUCUACACUGAAUUGAAAACGGUUGUCUCUUUCUGGAGGCAAAGCGAUGUAUCCCACGCUAAAGCAGCUGUGUCUAUGCCUACUCAACAAUAAUAAUGCAUAAUAUAAUAUAUAAUAUAUUCUACGAAUUUCUCCCACCUAGGUUUAAGAAAAUAUAGUCGUAUAUAUAUGAAAUCAUAUAAGAAAAAGUGUCAUAAAGCAUUUAUUAAUGUUUGUUUUUAUUUUUUAUUGUUUUUAUUGUUAUCGCUGCGUCUUCCAUAAACUGUGAUUGGUAUAUGCAUUCUAUUUUUUAUCAAGCUUCUUUAGCUUUACUUCUAUUUUGAAUUAUAUAAUAUUUAUAAA